ACAGCGCCACCAGCACCACCAACAGCACCACCACCAGCACCACCACCACCAGCACCACCACCUCGGCUGUUGUUGCCGAGAGAGAGAGAGGAGGGAGAAGCGGCGUCUUGGGUCUCGCCUGGGCACCAUGGAGGCCGAGAUGACGCCUCCGAGGGCGCUGAGCGGCAGUCGGAGCGGCGGCUACGGGGCCAUGGACGACACCAGCUGGGGUCGCGGGACGCGCGCAGGUGACGAGGAGGCGGCGGGCGACGUGGUGUCCAUGGCCGACUCGACGGCCACGCUGGAGGAGCUCGAGGAGGAGCUGGUCCGCAUCGAGCGGCUCCGCGAGCAGCUGGUGCGGCGAGAGUCGGAGCUCAGAUACAUGAUGGACGACAUGCAGCUGUGCCAGGAGAUCUCGCGCCUCAAGGCGGAGCUGCAGGCCCUGGUCUCCCUCCCAGACGCGGAGCGCGCGGGCAGCGCGGCGCGUGCCCAGGAGGAGUCGCUCAUCAGGACGAUCCACGAGCUGGUGGAGAAGAGGGACUACCUGGUGGACGACGUGGAGCUCGAGAGGCUCAGGGAGCGCGAGGAGGACAAGGAGAUGUCAGAUUUCCUGCAGAAGAAGCUCAGGAAGAAGGAGCGGCCAUUGCGAGCAGACGCGGUGCGGGCGGGGGACCGCCGGGAGAGCGAGGGGUCCCCGCAGGGAAAGCCGACGUUCGCCAAGACAGGUCUCACCCUCCUCAAGGACUGCUGCGGCUUGGCCUCCUGCUGCGUGCAGUGACCUCCCGUGGGGACAGCGCUCGCGUCGGGAGCGGGAAGGCGCGUGUGCGGGCGCGUGUGUGUGUGGGUGAGUGUGGGCGUGUGUGGGUGAGUGAGUGUGGAUGAGUGUGGGUGAGUGUGGGUGAGUGAGUGUGAGCGAGUGUGAGUAAGUGUGAGCGUGUGUGGGUGAGUGUGGGCGAGUGUGGGCGUGUGUGGGUGAGUGUGUGUGGAUGAGUGUGGGUGAGUGUGGGUGAGUGUGGGCGUGUGUGGGUGAGUGUGUGUGGAUGAGUGUGGGUGAGUGUGGGUGAGUGAGUGUAAGUGUGAGCGUGUGUGGGUGAGUGAGUGUGAGCGUGUGUGAGUGAGCGUGGGCGAAUGUGAGUGAGCAUGGGCGUGUGUGGACGAGCGAGUGAGUGUGAGCGUGUGUGGGUGAGUGAGUGUGAGCGAGUGUGAGCGAGUGUGGGUUAGUGAGUGUGAGUGAGUGUGAGUGAGUGUGAGCGAGUGUGAGCGUGUGUGGGUUAGUGAGUGUGAGCGUGUGUGGGUGAGCGAGUGUGAGCGUGUGUGGGUGAGUGAGUGUGAGCGAGUGUGAGCGAGUGUGGGUGAGUGAGUGUGAGCGAGUGUGAGCGUGUGUGGGUUAGUGAGUGUGA